AUGUCCAUCAUUGGUGUUUUCGUAUUCAUUGCCUUAUACUUUAUUAACGCUGGUUACGGAAAAUUCGCCAGUAGAUCAUGGGGACCAGCAAUUUCAAACAAAUUAGCAUGGAUAUUAAUGGAAUGUCCUGUAUUCUUCGUUCUUUGCAUUCUUUGGUUCUUUUCUGAAAGAAGAUUCAAGUUAAUUUAUCUUACAUUCUUCAUUAUUUUCCAAAUACACUACUUCCAGAGAUCAUUCAUAUUCCCAUUCCUUAUCAAAGGUAAAUCUUACAUGCCAAUAUUGAUUAUGGUCAUGGGUGCAACUUUCAACGUAUGCAACGGAUACAUACAAGGAUGCUGGUUAUUCUAUACAUCACCAGAAGGAUAUUACACAAAUGAAUGGUUCUACACACCACAGUUUAUCAUUGGAACAUUAAUUUUCUUCACAGGAAUGUUUAUUAACAUUCACUCUGACCACGUAAUAAGAAACUUACGAAAACCAGGUGAUACAAAGCACUAUCUCCCAAAUAAAGGAAUGUACAGAUUCGUUACUUCUGCAAACUAUCUCGGUGAAAUCAUCGAAUGGUUUGGAUAUUUCAUAUUGACAUUAUCACCUGCAGCACUCGUAUUUGUCUGGUUCACAUUUGCUAACCUCGUUCCACGAGCACACAAGAUUUACGACCGCUAUCUCAAAGAAUUCGGAAAACCUGUCCUUGAAAAGAAGCGUAUAUUCCCAUUUAUUUAUUGA